ACAAAAUCAACAGGUUGACCUUUUUGCCGACUGUUGGAAGUACUCAUUACAUUUUCAUCAAUACAUUGCAAUUCAUUACAUUUGAGCGAUAAGUUCUUUAUUGAAAUUACAUUUUAAUUCUUAACAUGCCUGUGAUAAUUAUGAAAAAUGAGGAAGAAGUUCUCAAGAAACUUCAAAAUUUGAUCGAAGAGAUCUCAAAUGAGGCAAUAACAUCAAGAGGCAAAUUUACUAUUGGAUUCUCAGGGGGAUCUCUUGGCAAAUAUUUAUGUCAAACACUGCCUAAUAUUACCACUACAUGGUCAAAAUGGGCCAUAUUCUUCUGUGAUGAACGAUAUGUUGAAGAAUCUGACAUUGAAUCGACUUUUGGAUUCUAUAAAAAGCAUUUGAUACCGUUAGUUCCCUUGACGGAACAACAAUUCCGAUCGAUAAAUGUUAAUGAUCCAGUAGAAAAAGUUGCUGAUGAUUAUGAGGCAUCGAUUAAAGCUGAAUUUGGAAAAAGUUCGGAAAUUCCAUCGUUUGAUCUUCUUUUAUUAGGAAUUGGUCCAGACGGACAUACAGCUUCACUUUUUCCAAAUCAUCCUCUAUUAAAAAUGACUAAUCGGCUUGUAACUCACAUAAUUGACUCUCCAAAACCACCUCCAAAAAGAAUUACAAUGACUUAUCCACUCAUUAAUAAUGCAAGAAACUCGAUUUUCACUGUUCCUGGAAAAGGCAAGGCUGAAAUACUGAAGAAAAUCUUUGAGGAUAAAGAGGAUUUGCCUGCAGCACGUGUGAGAUCAAACAAUGUCUACUGGCUUUUUGAUAAUGACUCGGCACCUUCGGUAACGGAAAUUUAAAUGUUUGACUUGAAAAGUUUUGUAUCGAAAAUUUCAAAUUUUUUUAAACACGCUUUUCUGUAAUAAAAAUAUUUUUUUAAAAAUG